AUGGGCGGCACGGGACGCAGCGUAGCUGCUGAUGGCGUGCAGGCAGCAGACCAAGAGGAUCGCCCAGUGCAAGACAGCCAUGCAGCGGCAGGCGCCGCAGAGCACCGGCUGCCCCCUGUGGCCAGCAAGCCUUCUGUCACCCUGCACUACGACCCAAGCCGAGACAUUGUGCUUCGCUACGAGUGUGUGGGGGAGAGAUCGGUCAAGUCUGUCAUCCUGGUGGUGUACUUUGUGCCUCCCACCUACUUCCUCGAGAACGAAGGCAUGAUUGUGGCAAACACGGUCUUCGCCAGCCUUCUUACCAUGGUCACCUUGGCCACCCUGUGGCAGUUUCUGAGGCGGCUCCGUAGGUCGAACCAGUGCGGCAAGCGGUGGACGCACAGGCGGCGGCGGCUGGCCGCAAUGGCGGGCACAGAGCUGGGCCUGCAGGUCAUCAACAGCAUCAUGUUCCUGGUGCCCAACAGCUACGUGCUCGCGCGCCAGUGCUCCUGGUUUUCCUCCACGGUGACCUGGACAGCUGGUGUCAGGUGGACCACGUGGAACAGCGCCUUCCUGCUCUACUGGAUCGAGGGGCACUCGUGGAUGCCCGCACCGCGCAACAGCCGAUGGUACGUGGAGCGCGGCGAGGAGUGGGGCGCGCCGGUGGUCAUGGACGCCCCGUUCUGGCGGCACUGGCCCAAGGCCUGCCUGUGGGUGGGCCUGGUCGUGUCAGUCUCCAUCAUCACCUCCCGCAACCUGCGAGCGUUCAACGAGGAGGUCGAGGCGCUGGGCCCGUCGUGCCGGUACCAAACCUACGCCUGCAACGUCUCUGGCACAAUCACCGGGCUGAUCGUGGGGCUCACCCUGUGCAUCGCUUCCUACAGCCUGCUGUACUUUUACUCCAUCUCCCGCGCCUUCCAGCACCUGCUGCGCCAGCCGUACAACUCCUUCCGCAUGGCCAACUUUGUGCUGCGCAUCCAGAUACGCCAGCGCACGAUGGCCAUCGCCUUCUUCUUCCUCUGCAUGGUGUGCUACACCUUCAUCGGCUUCAGCACCUGCCGGUCCUAUGUGCUGACCUGGCUGGGAUACCUGCCCUCCAUGCUGGUGAUGGUGUGGUCAGGCAUUUCAAAUGGCUAUUCCAUGACCCCCAAGCGGCCUCACGACGACGGCAUCCUCCGGGAGUUCGCAUGGACGGAAGGGGAGGAGGAGCAGAGGAAGAAAGCAGCGAGGGCGUCUAGCCUACCACCCGACUCCCUCAGCACGGUGGCCAUCGACAAGGAGCCCAUUUUUUGUUUUGAGACGGGCUUGAAAGCCAUGUACUGGAGCAUGCUGGUGUAUGAUCACGACGAGGCGCCAGAUAGCCCCUACUCGGUGGAAGCCGCCCUGAACCUGUACGACCUGCAGCACUUUGAGAUGCACUGGGACAAAGACCCCACGGGCGUCGACACCAAGGCGAUUGUGGGCUGGAACAACGACAUGGCUGUGAUUGCUUUCAGAGGGACCGCAAGCCUUGCAAACGCCAAGGCCGAUAUACAGGUGUGGCGCACGGCCUGGCCACCUGGGCUAGGAAGCCAGUGGGUCUUCUCCACCCCCAUGGUGCACUGGGGGUUCCACAAGGCCUGGACAGCCAACGACUUCUGCCACCGCAUCCUGGGCUGGCUGGAGCAGCGGUUGCACCCCAGCGGAGACGCAGGCGAGGCAGCACCCAGCAAGCCCCUCCGAGUGCUGAUCACAGGGCACUCUCUGGGCGGCGCGCUGGCCACGCUGUGCGCAUACGACAUUGCCUCGCGCUACCCAGAUACCGCUGUGGCAGUCAAGUGCUACACCUUUGGCGCCCCGCGCACCGGCAACCACGCCUUUGCCAAGCUGUACGACAAGACGGUGCCCGACACCUGGCAGAUGAUCAACAGCGACGACGUAGUGACGCGCGCCGGCAAGUUCCUUGUUCUGUACAAGCGCCCGGGGCUGCGCGUGCUGAUCAACCAGCUGGGCGACAUGGUGGUGCGGCCCAACUAUGUGGAGUCUGUGAUCCGCCGCGUCCCGGGAGGCGCAUCCGUGCGGGACCACCUGCUGACCAGCUACCAGGUGGCGCUGGCAUCGGUGCUGGGGGCGCAGUUCAGCUCCAAACGAUUUGCCACCGGGAGAGAGGGCGUCCUGAGCCUGGCGCAGCGCAAGGGCGGACCGGUGGUACUGGACAUGGUGGGACUGGCGCAGGAGCCUCUGGCCAUCCUGCAGGAGCAUGGGUGGGAGGCGCUGCUGGAGCUGCGCCGGCGCACCAAGCAGGGGCGGCAGCUGCUGCCGGGCUGGGCGCGGCACAAGGCGCUGGCCAGCGACCAGAGCCUGCAGGAGGUUGUGCUGGUGGGGGCCGACAGUGGCCUGCCAGCCGCGGCCCAGGGCGCGGCGGGAGAGCAGGAGGUCAAGCUCGAGGAGUCGGUAACAGCAGGGGAGCUGCCACCGCAGCUGCAGCGCGGGUCCUCUCUGGUCGGCCAGCUGCUGAAGCGCGCCUCCCUGGCCACGUCCCGGCAGCCGUCAGGGCUGCAGCGCAUCCUUACCACCCGAGGCCCCGUGCACGACCGCAGCGGCGCCUCGCCCUUCGACCUUGCUGCCGAGGAGGAGGGGCGCAUGGAAGCUGCCAGGGAAGUGGGGGCAGUGACCCCUGGCUAA